AUUGAUAAAUUUGUUGUUUUCCAAUGGUUUUUAGAUAUACAUCAAUUGUAUACAUUCCUUUGGAUCCUUCAACGGUGAAGAUGUCAAGGUUCCGAGGAGCAGGCAUAGGCUGUAGGUCACCGUUUAGUGGUGCUACUUGGUUACGAGCUGGUUUUGGCAGUGGUUGAGGUAAUUGAGCAGGAGCCGGGACGAACACUUCGGAAGACAUGUGGGAUACGGACGGAUGAGGUGAAUCAGCUACCAGUACUUCAAGGUGAAGUUUAGGUUAGCUUACCGGCGACUGGGUGUCUGAUACAGACGGCGGCUCGGAUGUUGGAGUUUUCUGUCUUGAUUCUGGCACAUUUUCCUCUUCUUCAUCAACAUUUGACAAUUGUGGAAGUUCUUCUGCGGCGACUGUGAUCAGGGUAUCCCGACGAAUGUCACCGUUACCAGUUAUCGAUCUUCGAUCAAGAGCUGCUAUUUCACUGUUCACUCGUUCCUGUUCUUGUCGCAUAA